AUGGCACCCGAAUGAGGGACGCUGUUAGUUUCUACUUGAUCUGUCGUCGCGUUUACACGUAUAACCAUAGCUGACAAAGCGAUCUAUCCAUUUGAGCAGAAUGAGUAAUUUGUCACCGUUCGGUGGCGGCAAGAACCCGCCGUGGGUUCGCAACGCAGGACAGGGUAUACAAAAUAUCCAACAACAAAUGUUGGGUAGCAUUGGAGGGCAACCAAUGGUACAAUAUCAACAGCAAACCCAGCAAGUUUAUCAACAAAGUCUGGGUUUACAGCAACCUAAUAUUACCAUGGCAUCCAUGGCAACUCUUGGUUCCAAUCUACCUUCUGGUAUAGCAGGACAACUAUAUCCACAAGUGGCUACGGUGUCUUAUCCAACGCCAAGAGCAUUGAAUACAAAUGCUUUUCAACCUUCGGUAGCUGGUGUUCCACAGCAGGUACAACAAAAUGUACCCUCAUCGUCUACAAAACAAAGAGUUUUCACAGGCACUGUUACCAAAGUACAUGAUAAUUUUGGUUUUGUGGACGAAGAUGUAUUUUUUCAAACUAGUGUAUGCGUGAAGGGAUCCAAUCCUGUGGUAGGAGAUCGUGUGCUAGUAGAAGCGUCGUACAAUCCUUCCAUGCCAUUUAAAUGGAAUGCUACUAGAGUACAAGUACUACCGAUGGUUAAUAACAACAACAGUUCAAAUACUCAGCAAACCAAUCAACCAAAUCGUCAACAACAGCAGCAACAGCAACAGCCUAAUAGGACAUCGGGCACUUACAAUGCCGUACCUCCUCCCGCAGAAAAUUCGAACAACAGUAGGUUCACAAGUUCGACAAAUUCCAAUACUACCAGCAAUCGUAACAAGGUUGGUAGAGUGAGAGAAAGAUCUCGCGAACGAAGAAACGAUGAUGAGGAAAUAGAAAGGAAGAGACGUCGCGAAGAAAGAAUAAGAGAACGUGAAAAGAAGGAAGACCGAAGCCCGUCGAGAACUAGAAGAAGCAAAUCACCGAGACCUCGUCGGCGCACAAGGGUCGUGCCGCGUUACAUGGUGCAGAUACCGAAAAUCGCGCUCGAUCUGCCUGAAGCAGAUGUACUUGAGAUAAGAAGACGCUAUCAAAAUAUGUACAUUCCUAGCGACUUCUUUUCCACUAACUUCAGAUGGGUGGACGCCUUUCCGCCACACAUGCCAUUCACUCUUAAUAAACCGUGCUCGUUUCAUGUUACGCAUAAAGAUGUCGAUCCUUAUAUCGAAAAUACAGCAGUAUUAGAGCCCUCGGAUGCUGAUUAUCUGUUUUCUGCAAAGGUCAUGCUUAUAUCUAUGCCUGCCAUGGAAGAAAUAUAUAAAAGAUGUUGUGGCGUUUCUGAAGACAGAGAUCCGGAUCGCGAUUACGUUCAUCCUACGCGCCUUAUAAAUUUCUUAGUAGGCUUACGAGGCAAAAAUGAAACAAUGGCUAUAGGUGGGCCGUGGAGUCCCUCGUUGGACGGGCCGAAUCCUGAGAAGGAUCCGUCUGUAUUAAUAAGGACGGCCGUGAGGACCUGUAAAGCACUUACCGGCAUAGAUUUGUCCAGCUGCACUCAGUGGUACCGCUUCCUGGAACUCUACUACAGACGCGCAGAAACAACGCACAAGUCCGGGCGAGUGGUACCCUCUCGCGUUGAAACCGUCAUACUAUUUCUCCCAGAUGUAUGGAGCUGUGUGCCUACCAGAUUGGAAUGGGACGGGCUGCAACUCAACUAUAAGAAACAACUGGAGCGCAAAUUGCUACGUAUCGCCUCUAACUCUGAAGAUUCGGAUGCUGCCAAUGAGACUGAUGAGGCUGCCAUCGCUGAUCAAAAGGAUGAUUCUAUGCCCGAGAAGAAAGAUCCUACACACUACUCCGAGCUAGAUCCAAAGUCGAUGAAUGUGAAUGAACUGCGUCAAGAACUGGUGGCUCGCAAUCUGAGUGCAAAAGGCUUGAAGUCUCAACUGUUAGCACGACUGUUGAAGGCUGUGAAGUCCGAGCAGGCCAAGGAGGAAGGUCGGCAGGACGAAGGGGACGACAACGAAGAAGAUAUCUCAUUACCGUCGAAGGAAGAGGACGAUAAAAAAUUUAGAGAUAGUAAAGAGCAUGACGAAGAUAAGAGAAAACUGUACGAACGCGAACGCGCCGCUCUCGAGAAGAAAUAUACUCUACCCGAUUCUUCGCAUAUUAUAGUCCAUCCCUCUAGAACAGCCAAAAGCGGAAAAUUCGACUGCACAGUCAUGUCUUUGAGUGUGCUAUUGGAUUACAGACCGGAAGAUACUAAGGAACAUUCGUUCGAAGUAUCUCUCUUUGCUGAAUUAUUUAACGAAAUGUUGAUGCGAGAUUUCGGUUUUCGCAUUUAUCGUUCACUGUCCAGUCUCCCUGAGAAAUCUAAGGAGAAGGAUGAAGACAAGAAGAAAGAUAAGAAAGAUGACAAAAGAGAUGACAAAAAGGACGAUAAAAGAAAGGAGGAUGACAAAAAGUCCAGUAAAAAAGAUGAAAAGCGGGAUGACAAGAAAAAGGAUGAGGUCAAAGAUAAGAAAGAUGACAAAGACGCGAAAAAUAAAGUUGAUGAUAAGGAAAAAGAAAAGGAUGAUGAGGAGGACGACGAAGAUGAUGAGUCAGAAGACGACGAUUCUGUAAAAGACAGCAGGAAAGACAGAGAUAAAGACGGAAAGAAGAGGAAAGUGAAGCUCUACACGCACGAUCCUUAUCUUCUAUUGUCGUUCGUUUAUUUCGAUCAGACCCAUUGCGGAUACAUAUUUGAUAAAGAUAUCGAGGAACUUAUUUAUACUCUGGGAUUGAAUUUAUCUAGAGCUCAAGUGCGAAAACUAGUACAAAAAGUAGUCACGAGAGAUUCCUUACAUUAUCGCAAAUUAACAGACAGAUCAAAAGAAGAUGACGCGAGAGAUGAGAAGAAAGAUGACAAAGAGAGCGAUAAAGGUGAAUCGACCAAGACGGAUAACGAAGAGGACAUUUUACGUUCGCUCGCUCUUGGUAAUAAAAAAUUAUUACCUGUAUUCGUGGGAAGUGGACCGCCUUCGAAGAGAGCACGAAGAGAGGACUGUGUCAUGGAAAGAAACGACGGAGAAACGAUUCCGGAAGGUAUCGUUAUGUACAAAGGCUCCUUGUUGGAUGUUGAAAAACUUGUCAGUCAAUUGAAAAGAUCUGAAAAAGCACGCUUAGACACCGAAGAUCGUAUGAUGGAAUUACAGCACGAGCUAACUGCGGUCAACGAGAAAUCCACAAAGCAAACAAACAAUUUGAAAGGUCUUUCGGAAGAUCUAAAAAUGUAUAAAGAUAAAUUGCGAAACACGGAAGAAAAACUCAAGAAGAUGUCUACUGAUUGUCAUACUUACGUGACCGCGGUAAAAAAUAUAUAUCACAUAGCGGCAAAAAUGAUGCAGAGUGAUACAAAAAAAGUUGAGAUUGUUGAAAUACAAGACGAAAAGGUCAGUGGGGAUAUAAAUGGUUCCGAGACGGAGAGCAAAUGUAAAAUUGACACUAGGUGGGGAGAUAAGGUCCAGGUGAAGAAAGAACCCGUGGAUGGGGACAAAGACAAGAAAACUGACAAUAAGCUUUCUGUGAAAAAGGAAAUUGCUGAAAUAGACAAGGAGAAAAAAUAAAUGGCGCUAUAUCUUACUGUAGUAGACGAUAUCCCGACGCGAAUAAGUUUUUUUUUUUAAACUUCACCUCACGCUCACAUGUGCGUGCACGCGCAAUUAGUGACACGUCGAACGGGGGGGGGAGGAAAAAAAAAAAGAAAUCUACCAACAAAAAAUUUUAUCCAAAAUACAAAACCAAGUGAUCAAGACUCGAUUUUGUAACUUUUUUCACUCGAUGUGAUAAUGUGUGGUGGAAUCUUCAAUUAGUUAAUAAGACAAGCACUUAAAAUCUUGCAUAAACACACAUUCAUCAUGUUUAGGGAUCUUCUUUAGAUUGAAGAUUUUUGCGUCACUUCAAAUUUUGCAUAAUGAACAAAAAAAAAAUUGAAAAAUGGCUUUUAUAGUACCGAGUAAUCUGCCAUUAAGUGCCAGAUAUAUUAUCAUUAAACACACACACAUUGUAGAUCUUAAAAAAAAAAAAAAAUACAUUAAAAAUAUAAUUAUAUAUUUAAUUAAUAAAAGCCCGUGAGAAUUUAUUGCUGAGAGUAACGGUAACGCAAACGUGAAAUAUACGUAUUGCGUUUGUUGUUACACAAAAGUAAUUUCUAAAACAUUUGUGCGACAUAUAUAAGUGUGCUUUACACUUAAGUUAUAACUAAUAUUUGCUAUCAAAUUACAGUGGUAUCUCGUUAAGAAAAAAAAAAUGAAAUCUUUCUUGUUCAAUUGUUCUUCAUUCUUUUUUAGGCAUUGGCAUUUCUUAUGCUAUUUCUCCCAAACAGUUGAGAUAAAUUCGUAACUUAAGUCUGCGACAUAGGUGCUUUUUUUUCGUGCAUCAGAAUUAACCAGUCAUAAUUCGAAGAUCAGAGAAUUGUCAAGAAAUCAUAGUGCAAGUCAGCAUGAAAACAAGAUAUCGUGCGCCGAGGUUUCAUCGUUCUAUGUAAAAUCAAGCCAAUCUACUUUGGAUUGUUAAGCAAUUUUUUCUAGAAUUUAACCCUUUGCACUCGAGGCCUUUUUCGCUCGCGCGAACUCGAGACGAUUUUGGCUAUAUUAGAGAAGCAUAUAAAAUUUCAUCAAUUUAUUUAUUUCGACUGGACGCGUCAAACCUCCCGGGCGCCGUAGCAGCGCCGCUCGAGUUGACGCUUCAAAUCGGCCUGGCGCCGCUCGAGUGCAAAGGGUAUUAAAAUUUUACGCUUAACGAGGUACUACUCGAUAGAACAGUUGUUCUUGUUCUUGUGGAACUAUUAUUUUUUACUGUUUUUCGAUUAAAAAAAAAAAUAUCUGAAUUUUUGAGAAUCGAUCAUUUUAAUUGAUCUUCUGAUGCAUAUAAUGUAGCGCAAUAAACUGUAACGCACUAAAUGUGACACCAACGAUAAAGUUUAUAUCAACAUUUGAUUUCAAUGAAUAUUUGUGUAUUUUUGCAUUUUAAGUUUGUAAGAUUCUGUCUUAUAAUAUCUCACUGAAGGUUUUGUAAUACACGUGAUGUACAGUGUGGCGUACGCGAAACAAAAAAUUUUAUUUCCGGAAAACAUGUUCAUCCGAAAACCUUGAAGAAUCGGAACAAUGUUUAAAAAAUUAAGAAAAUUGUUCAUUGCGACUAGAGAACAACCAAAAAAAAAAAAAAAAAACUGCUUUACACUUGUUACUGUGUAGCAAUAAAUUUUUUUUGUAAAACGAGAAAAUAAGUACACAGUUCUAAAGCAAUUCGAAUCUGUAAAUUUGAUAGCCUAAUUAGUAGGAGUACAACAACACACACAUACACAUACACACACACACACACACACUUAGAUUAUAUUCUUUAAGUAGACGUACAUUUACGUACGUAUUGUAUGUUCACCGCGCGCGAGUGUCAAACACUUUAUCCGGAAAUCUUAUUACACAAAAUCGUGUUCUCGAACGGGAAGUGAUCAUGCGCGAUCCGCACACCGUUCUAUUGCCGAGAUUUUUGCAGUCUGCAAACAACUCACGAUGCCAAGGAUACUAUUUUGUAUAUAAAUUAUCUAUUAUAUAUAGAAAGUUUUUGUAGUUUGUUAAUAGAAAGUCACACAUUUUCUUGUCCAGAAAAAAAAGAAAAAAAAAAAGAAAAGAAAAAAAAAAGAUAGCACGCAACUUACGAAGAUAUAAAAAUUAUACGAACACGCGAGUACGAUUCUCCAAUUCCGUGUGUACGUCUCAAUACGGGAAUCUAAUAACUUGUAAUUAUCCUCCUUGGACACCAUGGUAGUCAAAAAAUAACGGGGAAAAAAAAAAAUAAAAUUUGUUUAAACAGA